AUGGCCUCAACGACAUCCUACAGUCAAGGAGAAACCUCGCAGCGAGCUCCGCACAGGCGAGCCAACGUCGGAUGGCUAUCCCCAUCAACCCAACCGCCGAAAGCAAUCAUCAACAGUAACUACGGCCCUGCGCUUACAAACGAGGAAUUAUAUGCUGUGGCACGCAACUUGUCAACAUUAGACCAGUUUCUUCUUCUGUAUUGCCGGCAUUUCUACCAGCAAAUUGCGUCUGGACAACUCAACUCAGGCGAUGUUUCUGCGCAAAGACUAGCUUUGAACGACUUGGAGGAUCUUCAGACAAUCCUAACUCAGAUUGAAGAUGUUAGCACCGGCCGGUGCGUGUUCAGUAGCCUCUACUUAAAGGAGAGACAUAUUCUUUACUAUUGGGCAAGAGCCAUCUCAUUUCUAUCUCAGAAUCUCUUACCGGGGGGUGAAAUACACCAACCGUCGCUGGGGAACCUCAAGAGAAUCACUGAAUAUGCCUCUGACUUAGAGAAUGCAAUACUUGGUGCAGGCUCGGCCGGGGUGCUGACAUCUGAUUAUCGAUUGGUGCUUUCCGAGCGAUGGGAUCUUCUCGAAAACGCCCUCAAGUUGUACUAUCAGCAUUCGCAAUCUCCUCGAACGGUUGCAAAAUGGCCCGACAUAGCGCGCAAAGUCCAAGCGGCACCGAAAGUAGUGCCUCAAGACAGCAAAGCAGGCCUUCCAAUGCACUCUGGUACAUUCACAACAAUACUCUGGUUGACAUUCGUGGGAACUACUUUAUCCAACAUCUGGACCUUUGCACUUGCUUACAAUUAUUCCGACCAUAAACCAGGAACUACAAAGGAUGCAGAUUUCUGGUUUCUCAUGCAAAGCUGUAUCACGCAGGGGUUUACCUUAAUCAUCUCAGGUAUCCCUUUAAGGGCAGAUCCUCGAUUGCGGAAGCGGACUUGGGUGCCUCCCAUGUUGCUGGCAUUGAUCUGCACGAUCAUAGCACCGCCCCUGUACCUCACGGCUCCGACGGAGUGGUCGAGCUUCGUUGGUCUUAUAGCUACAGGCAUACAGGCAUUCAUGGUUCUACAGCUUGUGACAGUGUCAGGAUGA